AAGAGACAAACAAUAACGCUAAGGGCUUUUCCCAAAAACUCCAGGGAGCCCUAAAAGCUAUUUUUUCUCUCAUCUUCCUCGCGUAACUACAACAAUACGCUCAAACUCUUCAUCUAUUUUUCAGAUAAAGAGUUUACGGUUUUGUUUGGUGUUCGCAAAGGUUUUCUGUUCAGAAUCGAGUUGUUACUCAGUUUUGUUUUGGUUCUAGUUUAGAGGUUUCGACUCAGUGCAGAGUUUGGAUUCGAGCAGAGCUUUUUCACAAUAUAGAUUUUGCAUUUGAGCCAAGUUUUUGGGUACAGUUUUUGGUUUGAAUAACAUUAAAGUGAGUAUACAACAUCAUAAAUCUAAAUUGGAUGAGAGCUUACCUGUAGAAAUGAAGAAAAAUGCAGAAUUUGUCCUUGCUCGCAAGGUGUUCGAUGAAAUGUCCCAACCGAAUUUGUCAGUCUUCUUCUUCUGCUCUCAACAUUUCAUCACUGUAGUUCGUUGAUUCUCCGCUGUAAUCAACUGUGGAUUAAUAGUAAAUAUCCAAUUUGGUCGUUGAAAUUGGAGGAGUCAUCCGGUGUUAUGACGGAGUCUUUAUGAACACUGAUGACGGAGUUAAGUGCUGCAAGAUGUAGAUGUGAAAGAGCAGAUGAAAUAUUUGAAAGCUCGAGAAACUCGAAUACCUAAGGUGCGGCCUCUAAGUGGUAGAAAGAAUGUAUGGGAUAUUCCAGAGGAACUAAGUGCGAGUUCAACAAUAAUUGUUAGUGGUCACCAUGGAAAACUCCAUAUUGAAGGCUUAAGGUUGAUAACUAACGGAGGAGAAUGUACUGGCCUGCUUCGCCUCCAUAGUACACAUCGUCAUGAUCUUAAGAUUUAUAGCUCUGACGAGGGUCGUGUGCAGAUGUCUGCGGCUGCGUUUGCCAAAGGUCUUCUUGAUCUUGAAGGGCAGCUAACUCCAAUCCUAGUUUCCCUUGUUAGCAAAGAUUCCUCUAUGUUGGAUGGGCUUGACAAUGCCAGUAUUGAAAUGGAAGAAGCCAAGGAACAAGAAGUGUUGCAGGAAAAUGAAGAUGAUGAAGUUGAUGGUGAAGAGGUUAGUUUGCCAAUGAUGCAAGAAAAUGAAGAUGAAGAUGAUUCCAAUGACGAUGGUGACGAUGAAGAUUAAUGGCUACUAAAUUUUCAUGUCUUUUUCGAAAAAAAAUUAAUGGUUGUAAUACAUUUAUAUUUUCCAGUUUGUUAUUAAAGAAUGCAUACUAUUACUAUUAUGCAUCAAGUCAUUACUCAAUACUUUGCAUCAGACUGGAAUUCCAGCACAUGCACAUUCAUCUUUGUUAUUAAUAUGAAAUUUGAUACUUUAUUA